AGUAUGAUAUCUUGCCCAGGUAUGAAGCUAUUCCGAAAUAAAUUUGUUUAUUGACCGAUUUCUGUCACGUCCGUCUCGUAAUUUUUCAUAUUUUUAAGAUCUCAUUUUCACAAUAUGAAGAUUUUAAUAAAAGUACUAAAAGGAAGUGACUGUUGGUUAGAGGUUAACAAAGACACAACAAUAAAACAAAUAAAAAAUGAAGCAAUGUCUCGUUUAAACAUAUCUGGACCUCAACAGACAUUGCUUUUAGCAGGGAGGCCCCUUAUAGAUGAAAACUCUGUCGAAUUUUAUGAUAGCAUAAAAGAAGGAACAAAGUUAUUACUAGUGAUAAAAAAACAAGAAGUUCUAAAUUUAAAUGAUGAAUUAGUAAAAUAUUUCAAAAAAUUCUACAGUGAUGAAAUGGCUCAACAAUUUGCUAAAAGUUUUAUGAUUGAAUUUAAAAGAAAAACUGCUUUAUUAAGUUUAGAUGAUAUAGAAAGAUUAGCUACCUCAGAUGCACUGUAA